AAUCGAGUGCAGCAAAAUGCCUCGGAGAACUCUCAUCAUUAUAGUGAACCGAUCAAUCGAUGUAGUAGAUAUUAUUUCUUCAACAUAUUGAGGAGGAGACACGAGAAAUCUCAAGUUUUUCAUUUAUUAACCUCAUACAAGUUUGAUUUCUCGGGUUUUUUCUAAGUUGAACGAUUGAGCUUUGUCGUGCGGUUUGCGCGAGGCUUUUAAAAUACGUCGAGUCACAUGUAUAAUCGAUUCAGUCGCGUGUUACUUGGAAUAAGCACGAUUCGCGGCUGGCAUUAAAAAAAAUUUUCGGCCUUUUUCAGUUUUUUUUAUUAUUUUUAAUCAUUUUCUAACAUUUUGCGUGUAUAUGGUGAUAAACAUGGCAUCGCGGUAUAAUCAGGGUGUCUCGAGAGUGUUAGAGAAAUUGAAAAUAUCCCUCAAUUCGGGAAAUUAUUAUGAGGCUCACCAAAUGUACAGAACUUUGUAUUUCAGGCUCCUUGGACAAAAAGAUUAUGCAAAUUUGAAGGAAUUGCUAUGCGAUGGGUCUAGGCUACUUCUUGAACGUGAUCAGCACGUGAGUGGUGCUGAUCUUGGAAUAUUGUAUGUCGAUGUUUUGAACAAAUCGGCGACAGUGCCACAUGAAAAUGUAUUUGAACAAAUAGCCGUUUUAUUCAGUAUUAUGAAAGCCGGCACACCCGAAAGAGAAACAUUCCUUCACAGAGGUCUCAAAUGGAGCACGAAAGGAUCAAAUUACAAAUGGGGACAUCCAGAUUUGCACAAAAAAAUAGCUCAAGUUUAUUGGAGAGAAAAAAAUUAUCCAGCGGCCAAACAACACUUUCUAUAUAGCAAAGACGGCUCCGGUUGUGCAGAGAUGCUGGUAGAACUCCAUCAGCAACGAGGGUAUACCAACGAAAUAGAUCUUUUCAUAGCUCAAGCAGUUUUAGAAUACUUGUGCUUGCAGGAUAAAGUAUCUGCCCAAGAAGUUUUUGACACUUACACCUCUAGGCAUCCAAAAAUUAACAACGGCCCACCUUAUUUAUUACCGCUGCUAAAUUUUCUAUUCUUUUUAUUGAAAACUGUAGAAACGGGCAAACUCGCAGUAUUCACGGUUCUUUGCGAGCAGUAUCAAUUGAGUAUAAACCGAGAUCCGACGUACAGGACAUACCUCGACAAAAUAGGUCAAAUAUUUUUCAAAGUGCCACCACCACGUCCGAAUAAUCAUGGAUUUCUCGGUUCGAUACUCCAAUCAUUUUUGACCGGUUUAGCGGAGGAGUAUUCGGAGGACGAAGACGAUUCGGAUGGGGAGACGCGACAUCACAGCAGGGCAUCGACCUCUCAAACGAUGCACGAUCUCGAUUGAGUGGCGAGUAGUGCGAGUGAGACGAAGCAGAGAAAGAACAGAGUUUAAAAAUAAAACAAAAAUCGAAUAGACGAAAAAAUGGAGAAACGCUGAAAGAAAACAAAGAGAAACACAAAAUAUAUAAUUACGAACAUCCGAGUCGACGCGUUCGGGAUUCUUCAAUCCUCAGGGACACUUAAAUAAUGGAUAUUUAAAUAUUCAGUACGACGAAACGUGAAUCGUCUCAGAUUUAAUACUAAUUUCUUUCAUUAUAUACAAAUAUAAAGGAUGUCCCCGGUUAAAUAGUCGAUAAUAUGAACUCGAGUUGAGAACCGAUUUUCGAAUCGACAAAUUUGAUAACCCGAGCCCAUUUCAUUUCAAUGGGUUUACGAAUAAAUUUAUUGAACCCAGCAUACGUCGCGUUCCGCAGUAAUCCCUGCAGAGUUGACAACACAAAUCAUUGCGAGACCUAGAAACGGAUUGAAAACGACCUCGAUUGUGGAUGAAAGGCAGCUUUUUCGACUUUCACCAAACCUUUUUGUACGUUCUAUCAAGUUUUUAUCAUAAAAUUUUCAUGAAAUUCGACUCUAUCUUAUACCUUUCUUUUCGAUGUUAAAGAACUAAGUGAACAGCUUAUGAUUAAGCUUCAUUUUCGUAUAAGCAUAACAUUUCAUGCUGAGAAGAACAUUUUUGACUUCGUUGUACGGCUCACUUUAUCGAGAGGAUUCAAUCAAGAAACAUUAUCAGGCUUCGAGACUCGAAAUUCGAUACUGAAAAUAAGUCAAUAUUAUUAAAUAGUGAACUCGGGACAGCCUGUAUAUAUCUAUACGUACGCAUGUAUAUAUAUCUUGCGUGUAUUUAUGUUUAUACGAAUCAACGUGCUGGCUGAUGAUUUUGGCUAAUUGCAUGACAGCAUGUGAUUCAAUACUUAGAACAAAGCCUACGAAAAAGCCCCGCACACAAGAAACCCUUUGGGUAAAUCCGCUAAUUCCUUAACCACCCUGAAUUAUUCGAUGUGCGCAACGUAUAUUUGCUAACGUAUGCUCUCUCGUUUGUUUUUUUUUCCUGGAUUGGUAUACAGAGCGAGAAAAAAAACUCCAAAAUUAUGUAUAUUUUAUAAACGUAUGGAAAGUGAGCUUCGAAUUCUGCUUUUAAUUUCGUCUCGACGAUUUGCAAAGAAAAACAGAAACAACGGUAUUUACGGUAUAAAUGAACGAACUACUGUCUGUAACGCGAGUAACACAAAUGAGAAAGCAUCUCUUUAUUUUAUAUAAAGCUUAAAUAUUAAAGCAGGGACGGGAUAAAUGAGCGUGUAAUAUUGUUUCGUUUCGCAAUAACAUUAACUCGGAUAGGCAGAAACGAAUAUACCAACUGAUUAUCGUCUUGGUUUUCAUCUACGAGAUUUCCUUACCAUUGUAAAAAAACAAACAAAAAUAUGGAAACAAUGAAUGUAUUUAUUUAUCCAUCAAUGAAUAUUGAGGUAACGAAAGAGAAUGGAGAAUAAGAAAAUUAAGGUGUGAAUGAAAACUGUAGGAAUCUUUUGUGGAGGAAGGGGGAGGAAUGAAAAAUGUACAAAAUACAACUGAUUAUAGCAACGUAAAAAUGGA